CUACCCUGCGAGCGUAGCUAAUAAAGUUGCACAAUUUUGAAAAAAAUGGCAGCUUGCAGGUCGUCCUUGGCUGUCGGUACUAUUCAGUAUGUAAUAAAAGAUCUUUUUUUAUCUCAAAAGAAAGUAUGGUGUUCCGUGAGCAAUUUAAAAAGAGGCUAUAUUGCAAACGCAGCCAAUGCAACUUCACCAGACUCAGAAAAUCACAAAACUGAUGAGGGUACCUGCACUUUCAGUGGACCGCUUGAGCACUAUAGUAGUCUCAUUCAGGAUGGGACACUACGAGAAGACCAACAACAGAGAUUGGUGCUCCAACAUUUGGAUCAGAUGCGAGAAACCAUGAAUACUUACACCAACAAACCCACAUCAUUAUUUUCAAAGCUUUUCUCAAAACCCAAGCCCCCAAAAGGCUUCUAUAUCUACGGUGAUGUUGGGACAGGAAAGACCAUGGUUAUGGAUAUGUUUUACACUUAUGUGGAAACUGAAAGGAAAAAGAGGGUCCAUUUUCAUGGGUUCAUGUUGGAUGUGCACCAAAGAAUACAUCGCCUUAAACAGAGCCUACCCAAGCGGAAGGCAGGGAAAAUGGCCAGAUCCUAUGACCCGAUUGCACCCGUUGCUGCAGAGAUCAGCGAGGAAGCCUGCCUCCUGUGCUUCGAUGAGUUCCAGGUCACAGACAUUGCAGAUGCCAUGAUACUGAAGCAGCUCUUUGAAAACCUCUUCCAGAAUGGGGUGGUAGUGGUGGCGACGUCCAACCGCCCCCCUGAAGAUCUGUACAAGAACGGAUUGCAGCGGUCCAACUUUGUACCAUUCAUUGCCGUGCUAAAGAGAUAUUGCCAAACCCUGAAGCUGGACUCUGGGAUUGAUUACCGCAAAAGACAACUACCUGCAGCAGGAAAACUGUACUACCUCACAAGUGAAGCUGACGUGGAGGCUGCCUUGGAUAAGCUGUUUGAUGACAUGGCUAUGAAACAAAAUGACAUCACUCGACCAAGGACUCUGAAGGUGCAAGGCCGGAAGCUGAUCCUGAGCAAAGCAUGUGGGACCAUCGCAGACUGUACCUUUGAGGAGCUGUGCGAUCGGCCACUGGGUGCCAGUGACUACUUGGAGAUCUCCCGGCUGUUUGACACCAUCUUCAUUCGGCACAUUCCACUCCUAACUCUGAACCAAAAGACCCAGGCCAGGCGCUUCAUAACCCUCAUCGACACCCUCUAUGACCACAAGGUUCGAGUGGUGAUCUUGGCUGAGAUGCCACUGGGGAACAUUUUUGUUCACGAUGAGAAUGCAAACGAUGACGAGGAUCACCGAAUUCUCAUGGACGACCUCGGUCUGACCAGGGAAUCGGCUAGUGGGCUGUCGAUCUUCAGCGGAGAGGAGGAAGUAUUUGCCUUCCAGAGGACAGUGUCCAGGCUGUCAGAGAUGCAAACGGAAAAGUACUGGACUGAAGGGGACAGGAGCGCCACGUAGCUGUGUGACCGCCCACCUGGCCGCCUGUUCACUGCACAGCCCCACCGCCCUAACCAGGGCCAUGGAAAGAACAGCAGCAGGAUAUACUGUUAAAUCAGUGCGAUAUAUUUAUAGCUUCUGACUUUUAUAUGAUCUUAAUUUGCUCUGGCACUUCAUGAACUGACAGGGCCUUUUAAAGCAAUGCCUCAUUUCACUGAAGUUGCAGUGUUUUUAUAUGGGGAUACUGUGGCGUGACAUGGGGUUUACUGUCAUAUUGUAUCUGAGGAAUAAGUUAUAUUUUUGUAUUAUUUUGAGAGGGGUGGUGCUUGAAGUGUUACCCAAAACCAGACCACGGUGUUGUAAUGGAUAGUAUUUUAUUUUUUUGUCUGUCUUUUAUUUGCAUCUUUGAAAAGCGCACUCAUAACUAAUGUAUUUUUUAAAGGAUGAAGAUGCAACCUCCUAGUAAAUCCCUACUUGGUAGUCGUAAGAGCUCUAAAUGAAGGGUUGCAAGUUCAACUGCCAGAGUUCAUAUGACUUGCAAACUGAUUUUGUUUCACCAGAGGUACUAGGGUGGGUCAACUUUGAUGAGGGUGUUCGUGUUAUGGCUGCAGUAGUACCUAACAUCAACAUGCCAGCUGCAAGCCAGUUGUCAGCAAAAGCAGCUCUCCUUCAGUCUGAAUUAGCCCUCUGCUGUGAAACUGUUUGUCAGACAUGGAGAUUGGAGACAUGCAAGCACUUCAGAUGCAGUAUUCCUCUCUCAACUGGAGGGUAACCCUUGUAGUAAGGGGAGGCAUUGUUAACUGAAUUUGGGAGAAGUACUAGAGAACGGUUGUUAUAUAUAUUGCACUACCUCGUCUAAAUUGCUCAUUUGAUAAAACUCCAACUCUGUACAUCA